AUGUUUCCACUCGGAUGGGAUCCACGCCUCAGACCGGAAGACAUCACGGAGCAGGAACUGACCUUACUUUCUUUCGGAAUGAGCGCCAAAAGCCAUGCUGACAUUAUGCGUGCUCGUAGACGGGCGUUCGCUCAGCGUCCCAACGGCAACGGCCAACCUCGCAACCCAGGCCAGCCUCCAAGCCGCACGAAUACUGCGUCACCAACUGCGUACAGCCCCUCAGCUCUUGCGCCACCUUCGAUCCCGGCAGCUCCUGCUUCUCCGUCGCUCACCCACAGCAUGGCCACGAACGAUCAAGCUAUGCAGAGGAAUGCCAACACGAACCGUAUCCCGCUAUUCUUCCGCGAAGAGCACUCAGGCUUCAUCGUCAAGGGAAAUUUCAUGACUCUUGCCGCCAAGCCGCACCUGAUCGAAGAGGGCGAGUGGAUGGCUCAUCAGAUCGUCGAGCAGAACCGCCUGUUGAGUGGCAUGGUCAAAACCGUUCAGAGCGAGGACCGUAGCACGGGUCGCCCUGUAUGUAACGAGACCGCCUGCCCAACAAUGGCCGCCGGCACCACUACCUACACCUGGAUCGACGUCAACCGCAACCCCAUCAACCUCCCGGCCGUCACCUACAUCAAACACAUUCAAACCUGGGUGACCGGCAAAAUCCAAGACCAGUCUCUCUUCCCCACCGACAGCUUCGCCAGCGCCCCACCACUCCCCAACGCGGCCCAACUCGCUUCAGACCCGGCUUCCUACCUUGGCAAGACCUCCGGCUUCCCGCAACGCUACGAGAUUGAAAUCAAGAACAUGUACAAGCAGAUGUUCCGCUGCUACGCCCACCUCUACUGGCAGCACUGGCUCUUCUUCUGGGAUACCAGCAGCCAUCGUGAUCUGAACACGUGCUUUGUUCACUUCGUCAACGUGGGCAGGAUCUAUGGGCUGUUCAACGACAAGGAUACCGAGCCCAUGCAGCCACUCAUCGAUAUUUGGGUGAAGCAGGGUGUUCUUCCUAAGCUUGAGAAGGCUGCUGAGGCUGGUACGCCUACGACUACUGCUGGGAGUGGUGGUGGUGCUAUGCCUACCGCUUGA